AUGGUUGGGUACUUUGCACAACUCAGGUUGAAGAGUCGCAGAGUGUCAAUUGAGUGUCAAUUGAGUGGGUUUGGCAGCAUGAGCAAAGCUAUCAACGUGUAUUCUAUCCCGGAACUGCAGCAGACUCUCGAUGAAGCGUUGCCUGGGACGUUCGCCAGACUGCAAUACAAGCGAUCGUUUAGGCUGAUUGACACUAAGCUGGCUGUUGGGUACUCGAUUGCGGCGGUGGCAGCGGUGAGUUUUCUUCUGGACAAGAAAUUUCAGUUUAGCGAAGUUUUGGGUUAUCAGCAACUGCUGCUGGCUGCGUAUGCGGUCCUGUCGCUGGCGUUCUGGUACUUCACCAGAUACGUCGAGAAGGGAGUCACCUACGAGGGAACGAAGCCCGACGGGGAGAAGAUCACGGUUAAGACACGGUUCGCCAACAACGAGCCGGUUUAUUUAGUGCAAUUCGUCAAAGAGGGAGGAGCCGAGCUGGAGACACGGCUGGCUGCCAACAAGGUGUUCAGCGAGGCCGGAUACCUGCAGACAGACUUGCUCUUCGGUUGGCUGAAGGAGCAGCUGGAGACGCUCGGGCGCAAGAAACUGCAGUAG